GCCGCGGCCGUAAAGCAGCUUGCUGCGACCACGUGGCCUCCGCGGCGUCCUUGGGAGGCCUGGGGCUGGCUGGCCAUGGGGAGUCCGCUGAAAGGUGGGGGGCUCCGCUCCCUGAACCUGCUCAGGUCGCUGCCGCGUGUGAGCCUGGCCAACCUAAAGCCCAAUCCCGGCUCCAGGAAACCGGAGAGACGACCUAGAGGUCGAAGAAGAGGUAGAAAAUGUGGCAGAGGCCAUAAAGGAGAAAGACAAAGAGGAACACGGCCCAGACUGGGCUUUGAGGGGGGCCAGACACCAUUUUACCUCCGCAUCCCAAAAUACGGAUUUAAUGAAGGACAUAGCUUCAGACGUCAGUAUCAGCCUCUGAGUUUGAAGAGACUGCAGUAUCUUAUUGAUUUGGGUCGAGUUGAUCCUACUGAACCUAUUGACUUAACCCAGCUUGUCAAUGGGAGAGGUGUAACCAUCCAGCCACAUAAAAGGGACUAUGGUGUCCAGCUGGUGGAGGAGGGUGCUGACACCUUUAAGGCAAAAAUUAAUAUUGAAGUACAGUUGGUUUCUGAACUAGCCAUUGCUGCGAUUGAAAAAAAUGGUGGUGUGGUUACUACAGCCUUCUAUGAUCCGAAAAGCCUUGAAAUUCUGUGCAAACCUAUUCCAUUCUUUAUGCGUGGCCAACCCAUUCCAAAGCGAAUGCUUCCACCGGAAGAGCUGGUACCGUAUUAUACUGAUGCAAAGACCCGUGGUUACCUGGCUGACCCUGCCAAAUUUCCUCAAGCAAGACUUGAACUUGCCCAGAAGUAUGGUUAUGUUCUACCUGACAUCACCAAAGAUGAACUCUUCAAAAUGCUCAGUACUCGCAAGGAUCCAAGGCAGAUUUUCUUUGGUCUGGCUCCUGGAUGGGUGGUAAACAUGGCAGAUAGGAAAAUUCUAAAGCCUAUAGAUGAGGAGCUCCUCAAAUACUAUAGCUCGUGAAUUCCCUCCCAGGAAAGCAGAGUUGUGAAGAGUACCAGAAAAGGGACUGAACCGUGGAUUUCCCAAACGUAUAAUACCUUUCCAGGGUUGAUGUUAGCUGUCAGGAUUUUUUUUAAUGUAUAUUCAUCUAAAAUAAAAAUAAAAGUGCAAGAAACAGAAACUGCAUAAAGGAAUUGAGUUGGUAUAGACUGUGUCUCAGAGAUUUAAUGUUGCUGCUUAUCUGUUGAGGGAGUUGGUAACUUUUGAAAUAUUUCUAGUCCACCUUUUCAUGAUCUUUUCCUCCAGCCUUUUCUUGCUGUUGUCAUGAGCUAGAAUGAAUGAGAAAGUGGAAUGGGAUUGAUUAGUAGGCCUGUUCAUUGAGAUUAGAGCCAGCAGCGUACAGGCAGUGGAACUGGGUGUGGUGGUACCUGCUUCUGAUCCCAGCAGUUGAGACUGAAGCAGGAGGAUUACUGCAAUUUCACUUUUUAGGCCAGCCUGGGCUAGGUAGAGAGUUAAGGGGCCAGCAUGAACUACAUAUUGAAAUCCUGUCCCCCUGCCCAACCCCAGAAAAGCUAUGGCUUCUUUUGUCCAGGGAGCCUUAGGGAAGUGCUAUCCAGUUGGGGUGGAAGGCAUUAGGAGUACUAGUUUAGCUUCUAAGUUGUGUGCAUAGAUGUGUGUGGCAGUAAGUGUUGAUUUUGUUUAUGGUACCUCUUGUGACGGAACCCAAGACCUUCGUACUGAGCUAUGGGUCCAGCCCUUUUUAACUUUUUUGUUUUUGAGAUGACAUCUUGUCCUGGCUGGCUUUGAACUUACCAUCAUCCUGCCUUAGCCACCUCUGACACACUGGGGUUACAGGCACGCCCCACCAUGUCCAGUCUGCGUUUUCUAGCAACACUGGAGAUUAGAGAUACUCUGAUAAAAGUAGACCACAGUCAAGCCAUGAGCAGUUUUUUCUUAAAGAAGGUAAGAGUUCUAAUGGUUACAAUUUUACUUAUCUCAGACAUUGGAGACUUUCGUAUUUUGUUCCAUCUCAAAUAAUGGAAAACUUGUUCAGUGAUUACAUAAACCAUAAAAUCAUGUAAACACUUUUUUUUUGAGCUGGGGCUUUGUCACAUUGAGUCUGACCUUGAACUCCUGGGCUCAGACUGUUCUUCCUCAGCUUCCUGAGCAGCUGAAGCUAGCACCCAGCACCAAACUCAGUGAAUGUAGGAGAAUCAGAAGUUAAUGAGGUUAUUUAACUUUGCGGUGAUGUAUUAUACCUAAAUCUCAUAAGUGUUUUCAUUUACUUGAGUGAUUAAAAGUUGAUACUUGAGUAAUUCAUGAUAGCAUGAUAAUUCUUACAGAGAAUAAAAUUAUUCUUGGCUGA